AUGAAAGGAUUAAUCUUGGUUGGUGGUUACGGAACUCGUUUGAGACCUCUGACGCUGUCGCUUCCUAAGCCUUUGGUCGAGUUUGGUAACAGACCGAUGAUUUUGCACCAGAUCGAAGCUCUGGCCAACGCUGGCUGUACCGACAUUGUGCUGGCCGUCAACUACAAGCCAGAAGUCAUGGUUGGUGCCCUCAAACAAUACGAGAAGGAGUACGGUGUUAGCAUCACCUUCUCCGUCGAGGAGGAGCCUUUGGGAACUGCUGGUCCUUUGAAGCUCGCUGAGAAGAUCUUGAAGAAGGACAACACUCCUAUCUUCGUUCUCAACUCUGAUGUCAUCUGUGAGUACCCACUGAGGGACUUGCUUGACUUCCACACGGCCCACGGUGGUGAGGCCACUAUUGUCGCUACCAAGGUGGAUGAACCAUCCAAAUAUGGUGUCAUUGUCCACGACAGAGACGUUCCAAACCUCAUCGAGAGAUUUGUCGAGAAGCCAGUCGAAUUCGUUGGUAACAGAAUCAACGCUGGUAUUUACGUUCUGAACCCAUCUGUCAUCGAUCUGAUCGAGAUGAGACCAACUUCUAUCGAGCACGAGACCUUCCCGAUUUUGGUCGAGCAAAAGAAGCUGUACUCGUUUGACCUACCAGGCUACUGGAUGGACGUUGGUCAACCAAAGGACUUCCUCUCCGGUAUGUGUCUCUACCUGUCCGCUUUGACCAAGAAGAAUUCCAAGCUGCUCACGUCUACUUCUGAGGAGUACGUUAACGGUGGCAACGUUCUGAUCGACCCAUCUGCCAAGAUCGGAAAGGGAUGUAAGAUCGGUCCUAACGUCGUUAUUGGCCCUAACUGUAUCAUUGGUGACGGUGUCAGAAUCCAAAGAUCCACCAUUUUGAAGAACUCUCAAAUCAAGGACCACGCUUGGGUCAAAUCUACCAUUGUGGGCUGGAACUCUACUGUUGGUAAAUGGGCCAGACUCGAGGGUGUCACUGUUCUUGGAGAGGACGUCACCGUUAAGGACGAGGUUUACGUCAACGGUGGUAAGGUUUUGCCACACAAAUCUAUCAAGGACAAUGUCGAGACUCCUCAAAUCAUCAUGUGA